AUGGUUGAAACACUUCUUUCAGGAAUUGUUCUUGGCCUCAUGCCGGUAACCCUCGCAGGGUUAUUCACAACUGCGUACCUUCAGUACCGACGUGGAGAUCAAUUAAAUCUUUAA